AUGAAUGAAAUUAUAAAUGAAGACAUCGAUGAGGGUAAAAUUGAAUUGACACAUGGAAUGCAAUUUGGUGAUGUUUACAAAUUUCGAGAUGCAUUGAAGGAGUGGUCUAUUUCUCGUGGAUAUGAAUAUACAUGUGUGAAAAAUGAAAGAAGCAGAGUAAGAGCAAUUUGUAAGGGACUACUUCAAGCAUUUGCUGAUCUUCUUCCUCACACCGAGCAUAGGUAUUGUCUAAACCACUUACUUGACAAUUAUAAGAAGCAAUUCAAGGGAAAAUUAUACACUGACCUAUUAUGGCAAGCUGCAUAUGCAACAACUGAAAAUGGUUUUGAGACUGCUAUGAAGAAAUUGCAGAAUGUUGAUGAUGAGAAAGCUCAUGAUUAUUUGAAGCGUCUUGUUGCGAAAUUGGCAAUCAUCAUGAGAAGGCUUUGUGGCAACCGCGAGACACCAAAUACAGAUCCUCCUCAGCCUGAUCCUGUAGCGGCAGUAUUGACUGCUCUACAUGCCGAGACGGCUGCAAAUAGGACUAUGACAGAAAAUCUAAUGAAAGGAAAGAGGGGAGCUAGCCAUCGCACUGAUGAUGCUAGUCAGGAUACUGUUGUUGUUGAACAAUUUGGUGGAGGAGAUGCUGAGAAGAGAAGACUGAUUUCUUUCCAAAAACACAAACCUCCUACUUUUAUGGGGUCUAAGGACCCAAAAGUGGUCACUACUUGGUUACAGGGGAUGGAUAAAAUAUUUCAACUGAUGAGAUGUCAGGAUCCUCAGAAGCUGAGGUAUUUUGUAUACAAGUUGGAAGGAGAUGCCCAUGAAUGGUGGUGCAAUACGUCUAAACCUUUUAUGAUUCAAGGGCAAGAAAUUACUUGGACCUUAUUUGAGUACUUAUUUCAAGAGGAAUAUUUUCCCAGGGAUGUCCGUGAAGCUAAACAAGGUGAGUUUGAUCGAUUAGCUCAAGGUUUGUUAUCUAUGGAUGCUUAUAUGGCCAAGUUCAAUGAAUUGGUCAAGUAUGCAAAUUAUGGUGGGACUCUGCCCACCUUGGAAUUCUUAGCUGCUAAAUUUCAAAAGGGACUGAAUGAGAAGAUCGCAAAGCGUAUAUCUAAUACUGAAGUUAGAAAUUUUGUUGAUCUGGUUACACAAUGCAAGAGAGUGGAGACUGUUUAUGGUAGGUAUCCUAAAUCUACUGCUAUCAAGGAUAAUUAG